GACUUGACGCAUUAGAACAUGACUGGGAUUGUGACAGUCUGAACCGGUGGGUUUUCGUUCGGUCACUUCGCCAUGGGUCAGGUCUAAUAACAAAUCCAGCCAGUUGGCCCAGUGAUACAGACCGUAGCUUAGUUUUACCAGCAGCAUGAUGGACAGGCAGAGCCCUAAAAAGACAGAGGGAGGAGGAGAGAGUGAGACCAAUGGGACUGCUGCUACUGUCACUGUCACCUCUAACACCAAAGCAGUUACAACGGUUGCCAACAACAACAUUGCUGCUUCAGUGGUCAUCGCCAUGACGACAACCGACAGCACCACGCCCCCAAGCAGUCAGGCCCCACCCACUUCUCUAGGCACCACCCCUACAGAGAGCCAGGCGGUUCAGGUGGUCCAGCAGGCCAUCCACAGCAGGCCCCAGACCAUGGCAGCUCAGUACCUGCAGCAAAUGUACGCGGCCCAGCAGCAACACAUCAUCCUGCAGACAGCUGCGCUGCAGCAGCAACAGCCUUACAGUAGCAGACAGUCCCCCUCCUUACCCUCUGCUGCCAACAGCACGGUGCCCCAGUCCACUGGUACCUCUAUCACCCUCCCAGCCUCUCCAGUAACAGGCCAGCUGAUUGGUCAUUCUCAGAGUUCCAGCUCCACCACAGGCACGAUUACCCAGCAGGCCAUGCUCCUGGGGAAUUGCUCUGCUUCCUGUAACCAAGCCCAGAUGUACCUUCGCACCCAGAUGUUGAUUCUGACCCCUGCGGCCACGGUGGCAGCAGUCCAGUCUGACCUGCCUUCUGUCUGCUGUAGCUCCUCUCAACUCUCCACUUCACAGGUCCACAGCCUUGCUGUGCAGGCCCAUCUCCCAGGGGCUUUGGCCACUGCCCAGAGUGUCCUGUUGAAGCCAUUCUCCACCCAGCCCCAGACGCUGGUCUCCUCUCUGCCUAAGAUGUCCAUCUGUCCCCUGAGGUCCAGUCAGCAGUCUGACCCCACCACAGAAGCCUCUGGAGCUAAGCCUCGGCUGGCUGACAUCACCAGGCUAACAUCAGCAAACCAGCUUAUGGCGCCUGCGUCGUACACUCCUGUCCAGUCCCAUGCUGUGGUCAGGCACCAGCUGCACUGUCCUCCGAGCCAUAAGGGGGCACCCCACCAGCUCAUCAUCCAGCAGACCACAGCAGGAGCCCACCGGCAGCUGCACCCUAUCGCACUGCGCCUCGCACCCCAAGACACUUCCCCCUCUCUCUUCCCUCUUACCCUCCAGCCCCUGGCCACUCCCACCCACACCACCACCACUGUCCAAUCCCAGCCUGGCGAUGGCCUUCCAGUCCUCUCCUCUUCCUGUGAGCUGCCCGCCCCACCCCCUCCCCAGCAGACAGUGGUAGUAUCCUCAUCAGCCCCUCCACCUCUUCUGUGUCCCAGCCUGCUCCAGCCCCAGCUCCACCACCAGCCCAAGCCCCCUACCCUGCGUCUUGGCCCCAUCUCCCAGGCCUCUCUCCCCAGGCUGCUCCAGUCUCCACCGGCCUCCCUCCAGAGGUUGUCCCUGCGCUCAGUCCAGGCCCUGGCAGUGCAGUCCACUGGGGUUCAGGUGUCGGAGGAGCUGCCUGUGGCAGAGGCGCCGGUCCAGAUGCCUUUUCAGAACCAUCACCCCCCCCAGACAUUCCAGAAUCUAUCCCAGACGUUCCAUAAUCUCUCCCCACCCCAGACUGUAGCUGUGGACCUGAAGAUGCUUCCAGCCACCCUACGUCCCCAGACCCCAGAGAUGAGAGAGGAGAGGACGACCCCUCCACCCACACUCUCUCCAUCGGCUUGUUCAGACAGACUCUGUAAAGACAUACAGCUCGCCUUUACAGAGAACUGCACAGGCAGGUUGGAUUUCCCCUGCGUCCCUCCGCCCAGCCGCUCCGUUACCCACUCGUGUCAAGACCCCUCCUCUUACACCAGCUGCUCCCCUCCUCCACUCCUGCCCUCGGCCGCGGUAAGAAGCCCCGGCCAAUCCCCCUCAGCCACCCUACCAGGGAGCCCUGAGAGAGCUAAACCUCUCAUCCUCACUCACAUCAUAGAGGGGUUCGUCGUCAGAGAGGCCCUGCAGCCGUUCCUCCCGAUAUGUCCACUGAUGGGCCGUUCCUCUUUGGGGGCGGACCAGCAGGCCACGCUUCCUGAAGCCCGGGAGGUGGGAACCAAUGGGGAUCCAACACCUGAGAUGAGAACCAAUAAGGAUUCAGCUAUAGAAUUGAGAACCAAUGGUGAUCGAGUACCAGAGGAGAGCCUGAUGGAUGCUGAGCAGCCAGACAAUGACUCAGACAUGGAUGAUACCCCCACCCAGGACGAACCUGCUGCUGAGAGCUUGGUAGAUGUGCUGCAGUGUGAGUUCUGUGGGAAGAGGGGCUACGUUCACACCUUCCUCCGAUCCAAACGAUUCUGCUCCAUGACCUGUGUCAAGAGGUUCAAUGUGAGCUGUACAAAGCGUCUGAGCGUGUUGAAGGUGGACAAGGCCAGUCGUUGGGGCCACAGGCCGAUGGGCCGUAGAGGACGUCCCUCGGGGAGGGUCAACGGGGGCACCAGAGAACACUUCCUCCUCAGACAGGUGCAGGGGCCGUACGGCUCUGAAGAGACCCAGAGAACAUUGAGGGGGGAAGAGGAGGCUGAGGAUGAGCCCCCUGUCCCCAUGAUCACCAGGCUGCGCAGGCAGGAAGAGAGGGAGAGGGUGCAGGAGAGAGAGAGGGAGCAGGGAAGACAGAGGAAAGACUCAUUCAUAUCCUCUGGUGAACAGACCACAGGAGGACAAGAAUGUAGUGACAAUCCAACACAGUGGAGCGUGGGUCAAGUCUGCUCCUACAUCAACUCUCUACCAGGUGGGCGGGACAUAUCAGAGGAGUUCCGUUCCCACGAGAUUGACGGCCAGGCCCUCCUAUUGCUGACAGAGGACCACCUGAUGACAGCGAUGAACAUCAAACUAGGACCCGCCCUCAAACUCUGUGCCCACAUCAACUCUCUGAAGGAACCAUAAGCACAGGACAGGGCCCAUCUGGUCAAAAAUAGGGUACUAUAUAGGAGAUAGUGCCAUUUGGGAUGCGAACGGGAGGAGCACACUUAUCAGACUUGGAGGAUAUGAGAUUCUAAGAAAUGACACACAAACAAAUAUACUUGCUCUCUACCUUUUUAACUCUUUGAGAAGCAGCAAGUUAACUAUUCAUCUGUGUGUCAGUCAUCAUUCACAACACAUUAACAACCAUCUAUCAUCGUAGUGAUUGUAGCAAUAAGGCUCAAGGUGGCCUUUUUUUCUGUGUUACAUUGUAAGUACUGUACAUGCUGUUUAAACUUAAGUUUAAAGAAUUGUAUUUAAAUGUUUUCAAAAUGUUACUCUGAAGACCAUUUUCCAAGCCUGAGAGGAGUUGGCAUUUAACAAUGACUCAAGUGUGUGCCCCAAUGGCACCCUAUUCCUUUUAUAGUGUGCUACUUUUGACCAGGACCCAUAGGGCUCUGGUCAAAAGUAGUGGACUAUAUAGGGUGCCAUUUGGGAUGUAUCCAGAUUGACUGAAGUUGCAUAUGAGGAAAUCCACUUCCAACCCGUGCAGCAUAGCAACUGCAGAGCAACCAGGAAGUGCCUUGUGAAUUCCAAGGUUGAUGAGACAUUAGAUCAAGUAACAUGUUUAUUACUGCCAUGUUUAUUAUUACCAAAAUAUAUAUAUAUAUAACACAUGUAAAGUGUUGGUCCCAUGUUUCAUGAGCUGAAAUAAAAGAUCACUGAAAUGUUCCAUUCACACAAA